GAAAUAAGUCGCCAUCGUACGGCCUCCCGUUCAUGUGUGACUGCUCUACAUGGCGUCAGUUUGUGGGAAAAAUCUAUCCCCGACUGCUGCGGCGUUCGAGAUUUGAAGGAUACGCCGGGAGCGGGAGGAGCGGAGCGAAGCGAGAGGACUCUGUGGGAGCAGGAGAGCGUGUGUGAGUACGUGCGUCUGUAUGAGUUUACCUGUCCCCGCUUUUGGCGCGCAGGCCCGACGAGGCGGCUGGGCGGUGAGUGCUUCUCGUCUUCCUCAGUGUGCUUUGGCUGCGGGUACCGGUCGUGUCCCCUUUGCUAGCGCGCGAUCAUGGCUAGCAGAGGGAGAGAAUGUAUGUGAUUUUCCCUCUGGACGAUUUGUUAGAUCUGAAUAGUGCGAGAGGGUACAAACGUGGAACAGCUUCGUCGGCGGCAAGGUUCAGCCAAAAAGGACACACUGUAGUGCAAGUUUUGUCUCCUUCCCAACCUAACCAACAACUUCCCGAGCAACUUCAACCACCCCAGAAACAACAACAACAACAACAACUACAACAACAACAACAACACUCCUACCACCAGCUACCGGUACCGCCUUCUCAACAACCAACAUCACCUCAACAGUAUAAGCUAGAACAACAGCAACAACAACAACAACAACAGCAACAACAACAACAACAACAACAACAACAACAACAGCAACAGCAACAACAACAGCAACAGCAGCAGCAACAACAACAACAACAACAGCAACAACAACAGCAACAACUGACUUUACAGAGAACAAACAGUACUUUCCAAAAGACACCGUCCAAAGCGUCCAGUAACAGUCAGUCCUCCCCACACACCAAGUUACCUAGCAGUGUUCCUAAUAGCAGUAGCAAUAGCAGUCACACUAGCUCGCUCAAGCAACAGGCGCACAAGCAACAGCGGCCUCACUUUCACCCCGACGUCGUGGUGAACCAGCGACAGCCUUCCUCGUACUCCACCUCUACGGAGACGUCCUCCCUCUCCUCUACUGGUGCAAAAACCAAAACUCUGUUGCGACCGCCGCAUGCCGAAGCCAAACCCGUUAGUAACCGCUUUUCCUGGGGUGGAAGUCCUUCGGGUCCGGUGCGGGAGACCUCUGUGACGCGAAGCACGAGUUUUAGAAGCCGGGACGAAUUGGGUGUUGACAGAAAUAUAGCCGACCUGUAUAUCGGUGACGGACGGCAGUUCAAUAGUCUGCGAUAUAGAGACGUGCGAGACAGCGACUACCCUCCGGAGACUCGAGGCGGCAGGACUUACCCGAGUUCAAGUCACAGCUUUCGGUCUCAUAUUGUUAAAAGUGGAAGUUUCCGAUCGUUCCUGGACCACGGUGGGCCUCACGGGGGCUACCGGUCUCAUCAGGUGCCCGUUGCGGAAAGUGUAAGGUCUCAGCAUCCUGGUGAGAGUGUUAAAAGCCAGCAGCAUUUGGCUAUUGAAAAUACAAGGUGUCAGCAAAUAACUUCGAGUGAGAGAACACGACCCCACCAUCUGCCCCUCGCGGAGAGCACACAGCCGUUCCAGGAUUUUUCUCCACAGACCCAGGAACCCCGGCGCCCCUCCACUCACAGGCACUCGAGCAGUAGGAGUAGCCACAGCUCGGGGAGUCAAAAAGCCCCCGAGCCUUCCCCUCACAGUAGCUCGGGCAGCGCUACCACACCUGGGGCUCGGGGGAUUAGUCUGAAAAGUUCCGGAGGGUCGGGCAAGUCUCGUGGCCAAAACAAGGGCGUCAUGGCCAGCGAGGUCAGCUUGCGGGAUCUCACACACCCAAGUGCUAACGAAACGCUCAAGCUCCACAGCUCCGUCACCUUCAAACUCGUCAAAACAGUUUCAGAUUUCACUGCCCAGCUCUCCCGCAUCCACGAGCAGCAUGCGGAUGAGAUACAGCGGCUGGUGGAGACGUUCAGGAAGAAGAACUCGGAGCUUCGAAAUGAAAGGCCUUGCACCAGUCAGAUCUUCCACGCCUGGGAAUCGCUACUUCAGGAGGUUGAGAUCGACUCCCAAAUCCACGCCGACGUAGCAGGAACUCUGAACCGACACGUGUCACGACCCCUCAUCGAGAAAACCUUCUUCAGAAAAAUCCAAUCACGCAAGGUUUUCACACACCGGGAAAGCUUCGACACCAUCCUGGCCAAGACGGAGGACAUGUUGAAAAAGUGCCGCCGGGAUUACGCUGAAGCCUACCACAACCACUGCCGGAAUCAGAGCAAUGCCUCCCUCGCCUCCUACUUCGACGCCCACAAUGCUUACGUCCAACAGCUGCACGCGACCAACAGCAUGUUCCAGGAGUACCACAACACCACGCUCCCUGCUCUUCUUCAGGAGCUGGAGGCCGUGUACCUGGACGUAAGCAGUGUUGUGGCGGAAUGUAUACUGCAGGGAGCUGACAUUGUGGCGGCCAAGGCCUUAGAGCAGAGCCGCCGCUAUGACUCUCUGUGUACCAACUGUCGUGCCUGUGACGGACGCACUGAGCUGACCACGCUGAUUCGCCACCUGGACCCAGCCGUGACCAACCCCGUCCGUCCGCCUCACCAUCGCUUCGUCCCGCCUCAGAUCGCGCAGUCCCCGGAGGCCGCCAACGGGGAGCCUCUUCCUCAAGACUACUCUCCACCAAUGCCUCUUAAGAACGAGCUUGUCUUCGACCGUCUGGCGGCGCUGUCCUCCAGGAACCGCUACGACGCCCUCAAGAAGGAGUCCGCCGACCUGGAGAGACAGAUCGCCCAGCUGCAGGACGCCCAGGACACCCUACUUCGGAUGCAACAAAGGAGCCUGGACUCAUCGGCGUACAACAAGGCGAACGAACUUCAAGAGGACAUCAGCAUGAGGCGCUUCGACUUGCAAGUGGCUCAGGUGCAUCUCUCGGCAGUGAAGGCUCAGAAAGAGUUGUUUGCGUCUAAAGAGGGGGGAGGGGCAGAGGGACGAGAGAGAAAAAUGUCUAACUCGAGUGGUGGAAGCAUGAAAACCAAGUGGAUGAAAGCGCUCAAGUCCCUGAAGGCUUCGGACACCUCGAGUGGAAAUCUACCACCUACAUCACCAGCGAAGCGGUACACUUUCUCGAGUACCGUCCUCAGCGUCAUGGCUCACAGCGGACCGCCCGAAGCCUCUCCCUACGACCAGCGCCUCGCCAGGAAAAACGCGAGAGAGAAGGAGAAAGAAGCCGCAGCCAUGUUCGAGACAGCUCACAUCUUCCAGGAAUACACCUACAAGAAGAUCACCGCCUGCGACGUGUGUCACCAGAUCCUGAGAGGUCACUCGCGCCAGGGAAUCAAGUGCCGCAUGUGCAAGACCAACGUACACGUGGAGUGCCAGGACCAGGUGGGCAAGUGCCAGCCUAAAUCGCGGCUCCUCCGUCGUCAGCGCUCCACUUCUGAGAUCGAAUCCAAGCAGAUGGAAGGCGGCGAGGAGGACACGGACCCCAGUAUCUCCUUCAGCUCCCUUAUCGCCAGCCAGCCGGCAAGGCGAGGCGCUGAGCCGCCCUCCUCCACUGCCACUACCGAGAUCCAAAUAGACAAAACAGAGAAGACAGAGGAGGUGGACCUGAUAUACCAGGUACUCAAACAAGCGGGGGACCUGGGAGGGCGGCGCAGCGCUCACGGGUCCAUGGAGCGGGACUUGGGGCGGGACCUUGGGCGUGAUCUAGCGCGUGACGUGGGAGGUUCAGCGGCCUCCUCUGGAUCAGGGAGCGCCACGUCCCUCCACAGACGACUUCCGCGACCCACUAACACCGGCUCCACCCUCACCGUGAACCCCGCCCCCGUGGCCUCCUGCUCAGGGAGAGGAGAUGUAUUUGAAAACAUGGGCUUUUCCGACCUGGGCGUUCCAUACCUCAAUGGUAUCACAACUGCCCCCAUCAGUCCACGUCGCCAGAAACUCAACUUGCGAAUGAAAAGUUUCUCACUUGACUCUCCGGAGUCGACUGAGCACGUACAUCGUCGGCGCCAUGGAGGUUCCUCCCACGUCAGCCACGCCUCCUCUCACAGCCAAUCGCCCUCCAGUCCAGUUCACAACCGCCGUCUCCUCACCGCCCGGAAUAUGCGUAUGAACUCUGUAGAACUGCCUGACGAGAAUGAGAAAUCCCUGAGCUCGGCCAGCACUUCGCCGUGUCCCUCACCUGUUAGUAAAAAGCCUCAUCGCCUCCUGCCUACAAAUCUCUACGUUGUUCUGUACAAUUUCACCUCCAGACAUCCUGAUGAGCUCGACCUAAGAGCUGGAUACAAAGUGACGGUGACCGACACUUCCGACCCUGACUGGUGGCAAGGCAAGUGUCUAGGACGGACCGGCUACUUCCCCUCCAAAUACGUGACGCGACUAAACGGCGGAGAGAAGCCACUCCAGGUCACUCAUAACCUCCAAGUGAAUGACGGAGAAAACGGAAUCAAACUCCUCCGAGACCAGAUUGUGAUCCAGAUAGGCGAGGAGGUGGACGGCAUGGUGAUGAUACGUAACGGGGACAACCAACAAGGUGUCUGUCCCCUCAAAUAUCUGCAAGAGGUCUGAGACUCGGGAACUUGGCAAUUCUCGUGAAGACAGUGACUCUACAGUGUAGCAGAUAGCGAAACAAAACAAAAAAGAUACCGAAAAAAAGAUAAUAGACACAUACAUACAAAUACAUUCACAGCUUUUAAGAAAUUUGAAAUAUGCAUUAAAAAGAAAACCGGAAAUGACGAAAAAAAAUAUCUAUAUAAUGCACGGUGAGAAAAUAAUGACAAAAAAAAAAAGAAGAUACAAGAGGAGACCCUUUUUUUUCUUUAAGGACAAAAUAUAAGUGAAGGACUGAACAGAAAACGAGGGCAAGACUUUUAUAAGUGUGGUAGUGGCGGAAGGGGGGACGCAACACUUUCCCCCCCACUACACUAUCCCCCCUCCCCCCGCCCCCGCCGCCCUCCCUCACCCACCAACCCACCAACCAACCAACCAAACACCCUUCAAGACUCACAUUCAUUCCUGAGCAUUAGUUAUUGUUGUUGUUGCUGCUGUUGUUGUUGUUACUGUUUAGCUCAUUGCACUAAGGUCUUCACUGCACUCUGAAAAUGAAAAUUGUGACAAAAAAAAAGGAUAUUAACUACGAGAGAGAGAAACAGGACUGACUUUGGGUGGUUCUCGUGUACAUGUCUGUUUGAGAGAGAGAAAGACUACGCGUGUCGAGUGUGAAUGUGUGAAUGUAUGCCCAUAUGUCUGUCUGUCUGUCUGUCUUCGUACGUGCGUGUGCAACUAACACUCUCGAAAUUAUGACCUAAAGUAGAGAAGAAUGAGGAAAAAUAAUGAAAAAAAAGGAACAAGAUUUCACAAGUGUCAAAUGAUAUAAGAAAGGAAGCCGCGACCGCGUGGGAACACAAGCAAGACAAAACCAGAAGCACUUGAAGCCACCUCGAGUCAAAGAAGCCUUGAGGAAAACACGACCAGAGGGAAAGAGGGAAAGAAAGAAAAAGGAAACCAAAGACGGAAACCAAGAAGAUAGCAAGCAAGCCAGGCCACUCUUAAAUGGUACUCAUCUGGGGAAAAAAGAAUGAUAUAUAUUUAUACAUAUUAGGUGAGUGAGGACGUAGGUGAGUGAAUGAGUGGCUGAGUGAAUGAAGAAAACUUUAGAUUGGUGAAAGUAAGAGGAUGGCUUACUACAUUUCUCUCUCUUUCUCUCUCUCUCUCUCUCUCUCUCUCUCUCUCUCUCUCUCUCUCUCUCUCUCUCUCUCUCUCUCUCUCUCUCUCUCUCUCUCUCUCUCUCUCUCUCUCUCUCUCUCUCUGAUAUCACUAAUUAUAAAUAUCACUGUCAUUAUCAAAGUUAUUAUUAUUAUUACCAUUAUUAUUAUUAUUAUUAUUAUUAUUAUUAUUAUUAUUAUUAUUAUUAUUAUUAUUGUUAUUAUUAUUAUUAUUGUUGUUAUUAUUAUUACUAUUAUUAUUGUUGUUCUUCUUCUUCUAUAUCCUGUAUCAUCCCACAUGUCUACGCUUUUCUUGUAACUAUUCUUCUCUUUCUUCAGUCUAGGUUGUUGCUUCACAUUUACUUCAUAUUGUUGCACUACUACAUUUAUGCUUUUCUAUAGUAGGAAGCAGGUAGACGUAGAAUACUGUGAGAAGUAGUAAAGACUUCAUAGGUAGAGGUGAAGUGAUUAACAUUCGUCCUCUUUUUUCAGUUACGAACUCAGAUCGCCGUCUCUUCGAUAAUGCCUUCCCCCAAGAACUAAGCCUUCCUCAGCGAACGCCUUUUCUCCUUUUUCAUAUGUCAUAUUUAGGCAUCACUUUCCCCUUCACUUAGCUUCAUUUCUAAUUUUCACACGCUUUUUGUCUCUGAGCACACUCCCAUCCUGCCUGUUUCUCUUUUGUUUCUCAAGUGGUUCCAUUGCAGCUUGAGUUCAUUCCUCUGGUGAGCGUGUGGCGAAUUUGAUUGAAUGACACGACGAGUUAUUAUUCCUUCUUUUUCACCUGCCUUUGGUAACAUUGUUGUUCCUCACCAACUCCAAAACACAAUCCAUCUGUAGUAAAAAUGUCGCAGAUCUUCUCCAGUGUCUCAUCCCACGGCAUGCCAGAAAGCACCAUAAAACUGCCAGUAAGGAUUCCUUAUCACAGAGACGCUGAGAAAUCAUCUGAGCUUGAAUCUGUAGUUUGGUUAACUUGUUUGACAUUAGCCUAUGUGGACAUUUAUAAAGACUUCUGGAAACUUCUGCGGCUGCCCACGAAAAUGAGCUUAUGUAAAGAUUUUGUAUGUUUCGGCAGUUUUUUCUACAUUUUAUAUAUAUCUGGAGAACAUUUAAACACGGGAUGAUAACCAAGUAAAUUCCUAUUGUUGUGUGGCGGAUCGUACAGCGAUACAGCGCAGCAGUGGUCCAUUCUGAGUACAAGACGAGGAAGGGGCGCUGCAAAAUAUAACUUCCAGUCAAGGAACCCCUAGAAUUAGAAGAAAAAUUAUAAAGGACAUUCAAUUGAUUUUUUGCCAAAAAAUUUUCAAAUUAAUUGUUUAAAAGAUGACUUUCCGAAGUAAAGUUUGGAAUUAUGGCAUUAAAACAGCCAUGGUACUCUAGCAGACGCUGCUCCACUGUCCCUGGCUGCGUGCGGGGCCGCCACAUCACUGCACCGCACCUUUUGUCCCACCCCAGUGCUGCCUCUCCCCUCAAACCUUUCCCUCUUCACCGUCACAAUCCGUAUCGAAUGUUCACUGAUUUGUUCUCGCCUUGCCUUGCUUGAUUUCGAACCGCGUAUCACAGGCCCAAGUUCUCUCCUUCCCCAUUUGGGUGAAUCCCGCUGCCCGCCGCCUUCCUUGCCGCUCCUCGAGUUUGUCUUUAUUUGUCCGCAUUGAUGGCGUCCUUCGCAGGUGUAAAUAUUCCUCGUUACGCAUAAGAUCUUGACAGAUUUUGUACACAUCCUUUGCAGAUGUAUUUUACCAAAGUUAUGCCAUAAACACACACGUACACAUUAUAUGUAGGUUAGUUAGAGGAAUAUAUAUAUAUCGUUCUGCCUUUGGUUCAAUACUAUUAGUGAAGGUCCCAAAACUGUCGAGAUCUUUCGCUGAUAUUUACGAAAAUUGAUUUAGAAUAGACUUUUGAGUGUUUAAUAGAUUUCACAGGGAAACCCUUUAAUUGCUUUGUUUUGUACCCUUUCCUUUGAACAGCAAUCUCCGGUGUACAGUGGGUGUGUAGGGAGGAGCAAGCCUUCCCCAGCGAUGGGAUGUUACUCCCGACCAAAUACUUGUUUCCUCUAUUUCAUAGAGUUGGUGAUACAUCGCUUUUCUUCCUCUUUUUUUUUUUUUUUUUUUUUUUCCUUUUUUUCAUACAAUAAGGAAGGAGUUGGUAGACGCCUUGCUCUCGCUGAACCACGGCGACAAGGAGGGAGCAGCGUGCUGCGCGCCACGCCCUCGUGCCCCUCACCGCUAGCUGGUCGCCUCGUCGCUCUUCAUCGUGAUCGCAUAUUUUGUUUUCUUUUACAAAAUUUUUAUAUUUAAACUCUCGGUACUUUUGACGAUCAUCGUGUACGUUUUAAGAUGUUUUAUUUUAUCUGAAAGAGUCGUGAGCUGCCUUCAGUGUAUAUAUAUAAAUAUAUACCUAUAUAUAUAGUUAGAGAGACAGAGAUAUAUAUAAAGCUAUAUUGAUUACAAAAUAGUAUAAUGAAUGUAUGAUGCCAUGUUUCGUGGAGUCCGCGAGUAGAGAAGGACCUCGGAGCCUGGACGUCGAUUAGGCCGCUCGGAGCCACACAGAAUAUAUUUAUAUUCCGCACUUAGGUGAGACAUGAGCAAAGGAAUGUAGGACAUAUCACUGCGAAAUCAAGGAGACUAAAGGAGGUGGCUGCAGUCACCCUGGCAUUGGUGUUUGGUAGGGCACCGUGGUCUCCCUCCCGACGCAGAUAAUAUGUAGCUGCUAGAUGUAAGCAAUAAUGGGCUACAGAACGGGUAGCUUUACACUGCACAUGAGCGCCAAGGUAUCGUGGUCGAGACCUUGACUCAUGUCCUGUGGCUGUUGAGGCUGUGCCUCGCGCGUUGUUUAAUGACAUGUACAUUUGGCCUCGUUUGAGACACCGCUAUUUUGAUAGUCUAAGACGGGAGUUUGAUCAAGAACAGAACGGAGAGUAUUUUUAUCAAUUACGUACGUACAUACUCCUGGUGUCAUAGGCGAGGUGGUGUGAAGACUGCGCAUGGCAGACGACAGGUGUAAAAACAUUGUGCCGCAUCCUUUCACUCCAUUCACUUGAGCUGCACUCGCUGUUUUGCUACGUGUAUAUAAUAAUGAGAGGAGAAAUUUACUUUUCAAGAAAGGUCAUGUAGACAAAAUUUUGAAGUUGUGACACUGCAACUUGAAGAGGAAAAUUUCAACCCGCACCGCCAUUAGUGUCGUAACGUUCACGUGUAGAAUUUGUUUGUUUGCUCACCUCACAGAAUACACCAUUGUAAAUCACCAUCAUGGAAUUAUUUAUUUUAUCACUCUACAGGAAUUAGUUAGAUGAAUUAUAAAAGUGAGUGAAAAGGAAUAGGUAUUUUCGUAUUUCUAGAUUAUUUUUAUCUCUUCUAUGCUAUGAUCUAGCAAAGGGAGCGAUCUCUCUGCCCCGGCAGUGAUCAGUCCCGCAAAGUAAUCUAAUCGAGGGCUUUGUCGGGCCCGCGUGAGUGCUGCCAUGCAGUCACUAACCUGGAUUGUGUUUGAUACACCACCCACCCUCUCCCUUCCUUUCACGUUUUUUUCCCUUUAGAGGUUAAGUAUUUUUUCCCAGUGUUGAUUUCUACCCUUGUUGUCCCGUCCUUUCACUCACUCUCCAUUUCCGUGCGCUGAUCCAUUCCCUGCACCAGUGUUGGCAGCGUCCCACGCUCACUGAGUUGUGUCCCUCACAAUGUGACGGGUGUCCGCCUUAGAAGGGCUCCCUCGCAAACAUUCAAGCGCACCCACACUCACGCACGCACACACACACACACACACACACACACACACACACACACACACACACACACACACACACACACACACACACACACACACACACACACACA